UUGCUUAAAGGUUUAAAACCGAAUACCAUUUUACUUUGAAUAAAAUUUUCUAGUUACAUAUUUAUUUAUAACCGCACAACUAGGAAAGUUGGAAAUCUCUGCCUUCUAACUCACUUCUUUUGUUGCUUUUCUUGGCCUUUUCUCACGAUAAAAAGUACUGAACUAUUUAUUUUCGUGAAGAUAAGCACACUUCAAUGGAUAGAUUAAAAUCCUUUCUGUGUUUUUCCCCAUUCUCAAGUGGGAAAAACGAAUAUGGGGUUUCUCCCACCUACACAUUUUACGAAAUUAGUAACUACCGUUAUGUUGAAAGAAUGUUCCAGAGAUUACUAAUGUGAAACUAUUUCUACCGAAAAGAAAAAUAGCGAUAUAUUAUCUCCUUUCUUUUUGUGAUUUUAAUGUCACUUGCUGAGUAAAUAAAAGUGUCGACGAUAAUUACAUGCAAAGAAUGGAAGACAAGUCAGACACAAGCUCAUUUUUCAUGUUUUACACUUAAUACAGUGCAGACGUGUUUUCUUUCAUUUCUGUUCUCCUCUGUAUCGUACGUAUACGUACUAGUGUAUGAGUCAUAUGAAUUCUGGGUAUGUUAAAUUUUUCUUAAAUUAUUACAAAAUUAAACAUUCCAAAUGACUUAUGAUAUAUAUAUAAUAAUAUGAGUACAGCACAAAAAGAUCGUAUAUGUGGUGGAACUGACACACAACAGGUAUUACAACAAUUCUAUGAAAAUGAAAGAAGUACUAUUUCAUCGAAACGUCAUCUUACAAAUCAUAGCCAAUUUAAUGAAGAUGUAUGUGACGGUUUUAACGAUGAUACUUAUAUCAGCAGCAAGGACGACACAGAACCAAAAAGAUGAUGAAUGAUCGGGAUGAUCGAUUUCUAACUAGAACAAUAACAAAUUCAAACAUAAAUAAUUCUACAUGAUUCGCUCAACCUGAGCUACAGCAAAUUACAAUAAUACAUAUUUCAAACUAUGCUUUAAAUUAUACAUCUGAUUAUCACCUUCAGCCAAGUAUAAUUGAAUGUAAUCCAAGGCUUUUGAUCUUUUGACGAGAUGUGUUCGUUCUUGAAGAAGGAGCACAUCUCGUCACUCUUUCAGCAACUACAUUAAAAAUGAUUUUCUUACGCAAAACCCAAUGUAUCGAAAACCAAUAUAAUUUGAUGUCUGGUGGAUUGAUAGUCAGCGAAAUCUUCAUAUAAUUAUUAAAAAAGCAGAUAUUUACAUUUAUUUAUCAAAAAUUGAACGUUAUCCAGUUGAAUUGAAUAAUAUUAAAUUAAAGCCGUAUCCACCAUCACAUCUGCCGCCUCAACACACUGUUAUCAUUAAAAAGCACAACCACCAUGAAUGCGAAAUUAAAUGUCGUCAUUGUAAUGGUCCUCAUGUAUCAACGGAUUAUAAAUGUCCUGUUAUUAAUCAGUACAGAGGAGAACUAAUUUAUGAAGUAAGAAAGAGAUCGGAUAAACUACCAGACGAUGUACAACUAUUUAUUCCAUCCGAAUAUCGUAAUUCAAAUGAACGAAAUAAGGUACUUUAUAAUAAAAAAACACAGCAACAAAAGAAGUGA